UCCAACCUCGUGCAAUCCGGUCAAGAAUAACAACCAUAAAAGAAUAACGCAGCAACACGACCACAGAGGAUAUAGCCCAUUCUCGCAACCUCCCUACCCCCAAUUCACAAAAAUGACCUCCCUAACAAACAACCCCCCCCAACCCCCCUACCCCACCCACGCCGCCCUCGAAGCAGCCAAACAAUUCGUCUCCCACACCCCCAACGGCCUCAAACUCCUCUUCUGGCCGCUCAACGCCGACACCAGCCCAGCCCUCGAAACCAGCGGCCUGGCGGUCAUGGCCGCGGGGCCAAAACACCCGGACCCGGACGUGCGCACCCCUUACUACGACGCGGCCGCGGGCGCGUGGCACCCCGUUUCCCAGCGGCCCAUCAGCGAGCCGCGCGUGUCCGAGAUUGUGGUGAGGAGUUGGGACGUGAGUGACUGGGCGAGGAGCUGGAGCGAGUUGCAUCGGGAGUGUGCGGAUGGGGGGUUUGAGGUUGCGGCGGCGGAGAGGGGGGAGGGGUGGGUGGAAGGGGGGUGUCGUGGUUGUGGUGCGGUGAGGCCGCCGGUGCCCGAGGGGGAUGUUAGUGUUGUGGUGAGGGGGACGGGUGGGGUCGGUGAGGGUGAGGGUGAGGGUGGUGGUUAUGUCACGGUCCACGACUACGUUUCGACGGUGCACCCUUGGCUCGUGGGCCUGCGGGGGGGCAUCCUCGGCGCGGUGGGAACGACGAGCGGCAAUAACGCCCCCCUGCCCGCGCAGACGGAGUUGAUGGUUAGCUGCAGAUUGAUGGACAAGCUGAGGGUGGAGGAGCGGGAGGAUUGGUUCCGGAACGCUGGGAAGAAGCCCUCGCCGGGUUCGAGUCUAGGCGAGCUGUCGGGGCCGAGAGUGGAGGCCCAUCUUGGUUCCUUUGCCGGGCUGCCUUCAUUUAUGCUGCAGCCGAAAGGACCCAGGAGGGAAUGAAUGAUAGUAUAGGUACCUACAUACAGUACAUCCAUUAGCUGCCGUUUACGGUUUAUCCAAGCCACUCUCU